AUGCAUUUUGAGAAAUCCACGGGUCAACGCAGAGCGUGCCCCAGAUUUCUUAUAGCAAAACUUUUAUCGUAUGUCCCUGCUGGACAAGCCCAGCGCGGAGAUAAGGAUUUCGUUGGGUUCAGGAGGUUCUCUGGUUUGUUGGCUGUUCCCCCGACCUGGGUCGAGGAACCCAGUCGUGGCCAGGGCUUGCCAUGGCCAUGGCAGCCCCUUCGUUCCCUGGUCAGCGAUCCCUACGGCAGUACGAAGCCUGCACGCGCAUAUUUCGGCGUCCACAUUAAGGCGGCGACUCCGCCCAAACUGAAAAAGGGCAUCGCGGCCGGCUCGGUCCUGAUCUUGCUCGCGGGCAGGUUCCGCGGCCGCCGCGUGGUGUUCCUGAAACAGCUCGAGAGCGGCCUGCUGCUUGUCACGGGCCCCUACGCGAUCAACGGGGUGCCCCUCAGGCGCGUUAACCAGCGGUUCUGCAUCGCGUCCAGCGCCAAGGUGGAUCUCAAGGGUGCGGACUAUUCCAAGGUCGACGAUGCCUACUUCACCAAGGAGGCGAGCAAGAAGAAGUCGGCAGCGAUGUUCGCCUCGGACGCCGAGAAGAAGGGCAUCUCAGAUGAGAAGAAGGCCGGGCAGAAAGGCAUGGACGACAAGGUGGUGAAGGGCUUGGCAGCCGACAUGAAGGCAUACUUGAAGGCUAGGUUCUCGCUGUCGGACAAAAUGUAUCCCCAUGAGCUGAAGUUCUGA